UGGGCACCUGCAUUUCCAUUUUACCUAGAUACAGCAGAUACUUUGACGAUCCCUAGCUUGAAAGCAUAUCAAAGCGCCCAUCCUGUAUUGGCACUAAGGCUUAGGACCCUCUGACAAAAUCCUCCUAUUCUAUGGUCGUUCCCUCAGUAUUUCCCCCCCGAUUCCAGGAUUCCAUACUUUUGCGGAGAAUAUCGGUGUUGACCACCUCUUUUGUGCCUUUCCCCAAACCACUCCUGACCCCACCCUUCUAUCAGACAAAGCACCACUACCCAGCACACCGCGAACACGUAACCGACGAGCUGCGGGGCUAUCCAUCGGGAGUCUGUAAGGCACGAGACCAGUGCGCCUUCGUCGCCAGAUAAUCCGACCAAUCGCUGCUUGGACAACCAUGGUGUCCUAAAGACUUGAAAGUACGGCUACAUACCCACACCCAUAACCAAUUGCCACGCGACCAGUUGGUAGUGAAUUCACUACCGGAGACCACCGUGGUACCCCUCAAUAUGGCUUCCUCUUUGGAUGCUCGGUCGCUCGAGAAGCGAUACUCUGCAUUUCCGAAUAGCUUGGAUCCAUUGACGCCUGUGUUCCGGUCUGGGCUUAUUCCGGUUACUAUUUUUGCUAUGAUGAGCUUGAUAUCAGUCACGGCGCUCCUGAUCUUCAUCACUCAUCGAAUGGUAUCAUGGCGAAAGCACUAUAAGGAAAACGUCGGGUACAACCAAUAUGUCAUCCUCAUCUACAACCUCCUGCUGGCGGACUUACAACAAUCAAUCGCCUUCUCGAUAUCUUUCCACUGGCUUCGUAUAGGCAAGAUUAUAGCACCUACAGCACCAUGCUUCGUCCAGGCCUGGUUUCUACACAUCGGAGAUAUCGCAAGCGGAUUUUUUGUUCUCGCAAUUGCAAUCCACACUUGGAUGGGAGUCGUUAAAGGAUACAAGCUACCUUACAUGUGGUUUGUUGUAUCAAUACUGGGCAUUUGGCUGGUAGCCUUACUCCUCACCAUACUGGGUCCAGCGUUGUACCAGGGCCGCUUCUUCGCUCGGGCUGGAGGCUGGUGUUGGGUAUCCACCGACUAUCAAAACGAACGCCUCUGGCUGCACUAUUUCUGGAUCUUUAUUGUCGAAUUUGGAACUAUUAUCAUCUACGCUCACAUCUUCUUCCAUUUGCGCGGCCGCAUUCGUAGCAUCAUGGCCAAUGAUACUUCGAAACUUACGCGUGCGAAUAAGUUUAUGGUCCUCUACCCACUCGUAUACGUGAUCCUCACCUUGCCUAUCGCAGUGGGUCGCAUGGUCGCCAUGACGGGUACCCAUAUGCCCGACAUAUUCUUCUGCGUCGCCGGCUCCAUGUUGACAUCAUGCGGUUGGAUCGACGCGCUCCUAUACACCCUAACCAGACGCAUACUCGUCUCGGGCGAUCUUUCCACAGGGAAUUACAACCGCACCCACGACGUCACCGCCAUCGCAACAAACGCCGCGCGCCCGGGAGACGUCAACGACUACGGCCUACAAUCCAUGUCGAGCAAGGAGCCCAUAGCCGGCUCCGCCCGCACCGUCACCAUCGUCGGCGGCAGCAAUCGUCUCUCACGCUUAGCCGACCACCGCCGCGGACGCAGCCAUACGCAGCGCUCACGGCAGGAAGAGACAAUGCACGAGGACCUAAGCCCGACGAGGACGGGUUCCCAGGACUCGAUAUACAAGCCUAUGCAUAUUGAAAACGCAAUCAAUAUUGUCACGGAGACGAAUAUUCAGGUCGAGAGUGCGAGUGAGGAGUUCGAUAUGGUGGUACCGCAGAGGGAGAGGAAGAGUACAGAGUAUACACGACGGUUAUGACAAGCAUAGUAAUGGACACGGCCUUGUCAUGUGGAAUGGGAUGAGAUGAAAUAGUUAUACAUAUACCCCGGAUCGAAUAAAAUCUAAUUACAUAAAAUCAAGGCA